GUAGAUCUCUUGUCCAACCGGUUAUUGUUUGGCCUAUCUCACAAUGCCCAACGUAGACACAGACGCGGACCUCGACGAGCUUGACGAAGUUCUCGAUCAAUUUGCGGCCCCACAACCGACGUCUCCUGUUACGUCCCCACCUCCUCCGCCACCGACCGCCACACAAUCAUCAUUCGCAUCCGGGGGACCUCCCGUGCUCCCAAACCCAUUAUCUGCUUCCUCCCUUCCGCCUUCAAGCAGGCCGCGGACCAACACUCGUGUUGGUGAAUCUCCCCUCCCCGCGCCUGGUAACGGACCCCCUCUGUCCCAGCUAUCCGAAGCGGCCGAGGACGACAUCGAUGCUGAUGCGCUUGCCUCCGAUUUCGCUGCGGAGCUUGCCAAGGGGAUGGAAUCCCUCAUGCGUGAGAUGGCCACAGAAAACGCGUCCAAGGCUGCCGCUAAAUCACCAGACGCGCCGACAUCUGAGCCCGAAUUCGAUGAAACGGCUCUACGGGCUGCUUGGGAAGCUCUGCUUGUAGAAGGGAUGAAUAACGCGGGAGCUCCAGGCUCUGAUCCCUCUCCCGUUCCCGGGUCUUCCACCUCCUCUGCUGCUCCUCAGUCCUCGGAUUUCCAGUCUGCCAUCCGCGCCGCGAUGGGCAAAGUCCGAGAGGGAGAGGCGACCAUGGGCGACCAAAGUGCCGCAGACCCAUCGGCAGACUCACUUGAAGCCAUGUUAUCACAGCUCGGCCUUGGGGGUGGGGGAGAAGGGGAUCUUGAUGAGAAUGCGUUGGCUGGCAUCCUGGAAAACAUGAUGGGAGAAUUGAUGAGCAAGGACGUGCUAUACGAACCUCUGAAGGAGCUGGGCGAGAAAUUCCCACCAUAUCUCGCCGCACACUCACCGUCGAGUCCUGCUGCUGACGCCGAGCCUCUUUCGCAGGAGGAGUUCGACCGUUACACUGCACAAAUUGGGUCGAUCAAGACCCUUCUGAAACUUUUCGAAGCACCCGACUACGUGGAUAACGAAAAGUCGCGUGAAAAGAUUGUAGCUUUAGUUGCGGAGAUGCAAUCUCAUGGAUCGCCACCUUCCGAACUUAUGGGCCCACUUCCGCCAGGGCUGGGCGCACUGGGUGGUAUGGGCAAUCUAUUUGGCGGAGAAGGAGACGGCGAGGGGUGCUUGAUUGCGUAACGCUCAAUCUGCCAAAAUAUGUAAUUUUAGGUCACUUGUGUACUGCUCUCUGUGAGAUGCCAGCCAAUGCUUUCUUCGCGGAACUACAUUGGCAAUCAACGGUUCCAGAAAUGAUAUUG